UUACAAGCUUAAUAGAACAUCUAUCAGAUUAUGAAGACAAUGUGGAGAACCACUUAUCAGUUGGGAAUUUAUUUAAUGACUGGGACUAUGUUCAAGCUAUUGUUGAUUCAUUUGCCAAGCAAAAUGGUUUUGUAGCCAAUAAAAACCAUAAAGAUCUUGACCCUGUUGAUAAGUCUAUUGUUCGUCAAUAUACCUACAAUUGCUGGAAAGCAGGAACUUAUCAACCAAAAAAGGUCAAAGAUAUAAAUUUGCACUAUAAUAGUAGUUUAAGUAAAACAAAUUGCAAAUUAGAAGUUG